GCUGUUCAGACUUUUUUUUUUUUUUUUUUUUUUUUAAGAGUGGUGUUAGUCGGUCAACACGUGGAGAGGAGAGUCUGACUUUCUCAACGAAACAUUUCAAAAAUACUCACUAUCAAUAUUGGUCUCAACGUGGCUGCACCCAGGAUCUUAAAACACUGUUGGCUGCUAGUGUCCUGCGGAAAUGCCGUUGAAGUUUCGCUCUUUCGUGCCCUACACACUACCUGGAGUCCUCGCAUUGAUUGGCUGGUGGUGGUACAUCUCACGAAAAAAAGAGCGGCUCAUUAGCCAUGAUAGCCCAGAGGGACCUCAAACCACUAUAGAUCUUAGAACAUCUCCAGGAGAGGUUAGCAAUGGUUUGGUUGAGAAAGGCACAAAUGAUACAGAAACCCACACACACUUGUCUCCAAAGGACGGUAAUCUGAGAACACAACAUGAAAAAAUUCCUCAAGUCCGCAUCAAGGAUAUGGAAACAGCAUCUUCUGUGGAACAGACUUCUGAAGAAUCUGUCCCUCACCAGGGCAGAAUAAGACAAGAGAAAGUCCAUAAACUUUCACACUCAACUAUGCCAUUACCUGAUAACGAAGACAACCUUCAGAUAUUGACAAAUCAUGAUGAUCCAGAAAACGGUUCAUUUCCUGUCCUGGUAAUGGCAAAUAAAAGACACCUAGUCAAAGAUCCAGCAUCUGUUCCACAAGCCACAGCAGAGGAGGUCAGUUUCUCCUGCGAGUCUACCACAACAGCAAAUCGUUCUAAUGUGGAGAGGCCAGAACCAGAGGGAGAGGUUGCGAAGCACCACAACACUAUGAAUACACAACAUGAGAUUGCUGUUUGUGCAGUCAUGCCGGGCACAGUGCAGAGUGUCUUCCCAGUAGUGGCAUCCUCCUUGGAGAUGGUGCAGGAUUUACAUCAACAUAUUUUAACCAGCUCACCUACCACUCCGGCCCCGACCACAGCACAAGAUUCCACCACUUUAUCAGUGACACCAGAGGAUAUCCAGAUACAAAGUAUCGCUAGAGAAGAACACGAUCUGGAGCUUCUUGCAUCUGGGCUUAUAACUGAUGUCAUCUCAGCAGCUACUAAGGAAGUCCUUGCUGCCACUAGCUCCCAGGUCACAGUCAGCCAGGUCAUCUGUAGUAGAAACACACCACUUGCUAGUGGCAGGAUAUGCUUGCCACAGGAGCCAACCACUGAAACCCAACAGCACUACCAUCCCCAAACAAACCCCUUUCAGGUUGGCUGUCAGUGCACAGAAGCAACAGAGAAAGAGGAGCAAGGAUUGCCCAAUGGAUGCUCUUCGGCUUCAAUAUGGGAUCCUGUUGAAGCCAGCCAAAUAGUUAAUCAGACAACCAGUGCACAGAAAGGCACCUGGCCAACACCAUCUUACCAAGUGUCACAAAGUACUCCUGUACUAAAGAUGAAAAAGAAAUGUGAUGAAGCAGCUAUGCUGGCUGAGGACUCUGCUUGCAGCAUGUUGUACUACGAGGAUGACACCAGUGGUGACGACCUCAAGAGCAGCCUUUUUGACAACCAGAUUGAUGUGAUCCAAGUUACGGACUUGUCAGCUAAAGGAACCACACAUUCUCAGUCAAUGGUCGAGACCAUUGUGGAGGCAACUUUGGCCGUAACUGAAGGAAAUCUAGUGAAUGAUGUGUGUGAGAUUAAGAGACUCAGUGGAAUGAGCCUGAGGAACGGAGCUCAUGUGACAUGUGAGGUGGAGACAGACCAGUCUGGAGGUUCUGAUGUGAACAGUAUGGACUCGGUGGACAGCGGCUGUACUAUGGGUGCUGGGGAAAGCCAGAGCAACCACACUGCCUCCUUGAGCACUGAGCUUAUCAUCUGGGAGAUUGAGGUACCAAAGCACCUUGUAGGACGGCUGAUCGGGAAGCAGGGCAGAUAUGUGAGUUUCCUUAAGCAGAACUCUGGUGCAAAGAUAUACAUCUCCACCCUGCCUUAUACACAGGAGUUCCAGAUCUGUCACAUAGAGGGUACGCAGCAGCAGGUUGACAAAACCUUGUCAUUGAUUGGGAAGAAGUUUAAAGACUUGGACUUGACCAAUCUAUAUGCGCCUCCUCCUCCCCCACUUACCUUGCCGUCACUUCCCAUGACUUCCUGGCUCCUGCUCCCGAGUGGAGUGACGGUUGAAGUGAUUGUGGUGAACAUUGUGUCAGCUGGUCACAUCUUUGUCCAGCAGCACACCCACCCCACCUACCACGCACUACGAAGCCUUGACCAGCAGAUGUUCCUGUGCUACUCCCAGUCAGGCACACCUGCCCUGCCCUCACCUGCUGAAGUUGGUGUGAUCUGUGCCGCUCCAGCAGCGGAUGGAGCCUGGUGGAGGGCUCAGGUCAUCACAUUUUAUAAAGAAACAAAUGAAGUGGAGAUCCGAUAUGUUGAUUAUGGAGGCUAUGACAGAGUUAAGAUUGAUUCACUACGGCAAAUAAGGUCUGAUUUUGUAACGCUACCAUUUCAAGGUGCUGAAGUAUUGCUUGAUAACAUCGUCCCACUACCCGGAGAGGAAAGUUUUUCAGCUGAGGCUACAUCAGCACUGGAUGAGAUGACUAGAGGAGUGGCGAUGCUUGCACAGGUUUCAAAUUACGAUAACAACACAGGUCUCCCGCUGGUCCGCUUGUGGAACAUGGUCGGAGAUGAGGUGAUUUCAGUGAACCGUAUGCUGGCAGAGAGGGGCCUGGGUGUUUGGAUGGAGGGAUUUUGAACUCUAAUAAUGCUCUGCCCUCCAAUCCAUUCCCACCCAUUCUCCCGUGAUCUGCAAUGUAGGAUGUAGAUGCACACACACACGCACACACACACAAUCCUGCUGUGCUCUUCCUCUGUUAAUUUGAAAUUACUCUACAAGACCUCAGCACUGCUUCAAAAUAAGAUUACCUUACCCUCUUGUUCUGCAUUAAGAAGGAAGGGAAAUGGUACUGUCAAUUAUUAUCACUAUUUUUUUUUUUUUGUUUGUUUGAUUUUUUUUUUUUUAAAAAAGAAGGCUAUAUUGUAACGAAAUAAAGAUUGAACUAAUAUGUGUCCCCAUCACACCUUUUUUUUUUUUUUUUUUUAAACUGGCCUUUGCAAAGUUAUGCUGCUUGGAAGGACAUAUACCUUCAUUUGACUAUUGGGUUUCUGUAACACCUCAGUUGUACUUAUCUGUAGUUCGGUCUGAUUCAAAAUGGACAAGGUUACACUGUUGUUAGAAUGCGACGAACCGAGUAGGUCCCUGGUGGAAUAUUGUGCACCCACCCUGUUUACCAGCCUUCUGGCCUCGAGACAUGGACUUCUCUAGAAUCCCCCGCCCCCACACAAAAAACACACAUAAACAAACAUGCGAGUUGGUUGCCUUUGCUCUGCUUUUUUUGCACUGUUACAGAGGAGCCAUGAAUAUAAACGAGUGCACAAAAUGCAUUUUAAGGUUUUUGUAAGUCUAUCUCUGUUCUGCUGUCAAGAUAAAAAUAAUUCUCGUCUAUAGCACAGACUAUUCAAAGAUCUAAAUCUGAAGGGAAGCGAUGCUGUUAAAUGUCUGUAUAAUUGAAUUGAUAUUUCAUGUUGGUCAGAACUUUAAAUAUAAUGUAGUGCUGCUAACUAGAAAUUGUCAUGGGAAAGAAAAACAAUAUUUAGUGUGCAGUGCUGCUCAUUAGUGCAGAUCUUAUGUUAAAUAUUCAUUAAAACUGUUGGAAGUCACUGGUUUGCACUGAAAAACAUUCAGCAGGAAUACAUUUGUUCUUUGCUAUUGUUCUAUGCUCUUUACUGAGCUGAUGUUCGAUGUAAACCAAUAAUGCCAUCUUAUGUGUUAAGUGCACUACAGAGUGGGUCAAGAUUACAGUUGCAGUUAACAGUGGUUUUAGUUAUUACCAGUUUUCGCGAAGUAAUCAGGUAAUGCUCCCAGGAUUAAAUGCAUUAUUGGUUUAAGAAGGAUUAUGUCAACCAAUUGAAAUCAGGAAAUUAGCUUGAUGAAAGUCAUAUCAUAUUUUAAACCACAUUCAGAGCUGCUUGCUCCUCAACAGAGACCCACUGUCCUACAGUAUCAUACACAACAUGUUAUAAAGACAAAGUCUGAUUGUGCUUGUCACCAUAUAAUGAAUUUAUAUUUCACACAUUGAUGUAUUCUGAAGUCAGUCCUGUUUUGGCAUCAUGCUCCUGGUGGUUGCACAAUGUUGCCAAUUUUAGAUUCAGUCUAAAUGGGUUUAAUGAACACUACAUUCAUUUUCUAGAGAAAAAUGAACAAAUAUAUAUAAUCUUUCUUUUUUGACUUCAAUGGAAAUAACUGUAGGAAUAGGGCAGGUGUUUUGUACGGAAUGCCAAUAGGAGCAUUGAAAGUGUUGUAUCUGACACUACUAAAAACUAGGAAAGUUAACUAUAACUGUUGACCAACAACACUCAGAACAAAACCCUCAAUACAUGACUCCAAUAAUCUGUCUCAGGAAUGGUUAAUUUGGUGGUUGAUUGGUGAGUCAACAUGAUUAAGGGCAGCUGAUGCAGGGGAAAAGGGAUGAUUGUGCUUGAAUACUUAAAUCAUAGAUUGGAAAUUAUACACUUAGACUGAAUGGCCUACAAGACAUGAAUUGGUUGUCAAAGAAGGUAUCCACAUGUUAAUGCAAUAGCCAUAUUAUCUAUUUUUGGCCUGGAUGCGUUUUCUUUUUCUGUUUUGCUCCCCCCAACUACUCAUUUUCAUCAUUAAAAGUCUAGAAUUUUGUUCAUUUAUGUGUAAAUAAGAAGUAUGAUUAAGCUUUCUAUCCUGCUAGAGAGAAUGAAGUAUGCAAGGAAUAUUUUUUUUUGUUCUUUUCUGUUUGGUUUGUUUUGAUCGAACCUGCCUCUCCUUCCAUUAUCUUAAUGUUUUCAAGUGUUUGCUUAGAUAGACAACUUAUUAUUUGAUUAUUUAAAUGUGUUAAGCUAUUGUGCCCAAAAGCAAUUAAAAUGUACAGAUCAGUUUCUGCUAGGUUCAUAUUAAGUUAGAUUUGAUGAUUGUACAGCUCUAUUAAGGGGAAAAAAAAUAAAAUUUAAAAGCGUU